AUGAUUUACUACGUUUUGUAUGUGACAACCCCGCGUCAAUUUAAUGAUUAUGCACCGGUAUUUUUUGGAAUUUUCUAUGUAAGUAAUUUUUUUUUAAUUUAUUAAACAAAAUAUGUUUUUCAGCCAUUACUCGCCAUUUUAAUUGUGUUAUUUAAAAACAAAAUGAUUCACAACUUUAAAAACGAGAUAAAAAUCUGGGCCAUAGACACAGUCGGUGAAAAAAUCCACUCCAAAAUUAAACGUCAAAUCAAAAUGUUGAAUCUUUUUGUUAUUUGUAAUACUUUUCUUCUUGCUACAGCAGUAAUACUCUCCAUAAAACCUCUACCAGACGAUAUAAAAAUAAUUUUCGCUUUGCGUUUAAUCCACGAGUAUUUUCCCCAUUAUGAAACAGUUCUUACAAUUCUUUUCUUAUCCACAUUCCCCGUCGGCUUCUACAUAACACUUGUGCACACCUACCAAAUCCUCUACUUCACUCAGCACAUAAAUUUCCAAAUACAGUUAUUUAACAAAGUCUUAGCAAAUGUAGAUUUUUGGGAGACAAAUCUACGCGAAACCGAACUUUUUGACAAUAAAAGUUAUCAGAAUCAAGUGGAAUGCAAAUUAAAGUUUUGCAUUCAACGAUUUCAGGAGUUUGUCAAGCUACACCUUGUUAAAACCAAGGAGGUCGAUAUUUUGGUGGCAGCAUUUGCAAUUUGUGGCGUUUUUAUAGGCAUAGGAAUUUCAAUUUAUAUAUUUUCUGGAAACAUAUUGACUUCUGAUGUAGGAAAGUUGGCUUCUGAGUAUUAUUUGAGAAUAUCCGCCAUUACGCUUGUUGCAACGACGACUUUUUCGGGCAUUAUUUGGGGCGGACAAUCUAUGGAAAUUCAUGCAGCUGAAAUGAUUACGACACUGAACCAAAUCAGAUGGUACAACUUUAAUCAAUCCAAUAAAAAACUCUACUUAAUACUUUUAACAAACAUGAUGAAAGAACGUAAAAUCAGAUUUACCGAAAAUUAUUCCAUUAAUUUUCAACUCGGAUUAGCCAUUGUUAGAGGGAUUUAUUCAAUCGCGUCUGUUGCUGUAAAAAUGCACUCUUAAAUACCGAAAAGAGUGGCGCAAAACCUGACGCACUCUUUACAUCAUCUAUUAGUCACGACUGUUUUGGUCAUCCUUUAAUAAAAUAUAACUUCAAGGAUGUCCAAAAAUACAGGU